AUGGGGGGCGGUGUCGACAAGGUCAGGGGUUCGAGGGCAGGUGGCCUCCGCAUGCAGGAGAAUCCUCGGGCCCAGGGAACGUCCCAGUGGCUCAGCAGACCUCCCCGCCACCUCCCAGCCGGACCCCGGGGAGGAGGGAGGCGGUGCCUCACCCGAUCCCUUAAAGCGACCGCCCGGUCUAGGGCCCUAAUCGCCUUCCUCAGAGAAUACGGUAUGACCCUUGGCAGCCGCCGUCCGGGGGAGGGUCCGGCGCAGUCGCCACGGAGACGGUUCUCGGCUGUAACCGCUAUGAACUUUCUUGAGCGGAUGAAUGAGUCGGUAGGCUUUUCUCCUGCAAGCACACUGCCUUUCCAGGACAGAGAUGUGGUGGGCAGCAUUCUAAAGAAGAGGAUGCCAUACCAACUGGCAUCACUACCUUGCUACCAUGCCUUUUUGGUCUCACUCCUCCUUUUCACCCAUUCCCUUCAGCCAGGGUCCUCCUCGACCCCCCACGUAUACUGGCCCUGCAGGUCGGGGCAAGUGGCGCCCAACGUGGGGCUCGAGGUCCGGACUUCUGCCAGGCGGACCAGCAUUGAGAGACGAUUCGUCGCGACCCCCUCCUUCUCAUCGCUCAUGAAGAGCCCCUGCGUUUUGAAAAUGACGAUCCUCGUAAUUUUCCUCCUGUUCCGUGGGAGCCACGGUGGUUUUCAAUCUCCUGACCCAGUAGCGCUCAGCCGUGCCCUCUUUGGAAGCCCUUGUGACUGCGGCGGGGGCACGUUCACUGUCCGUCCCGCCACCUACACGCAAGAAGUGGACUGCGGGGAAAAGACAGCCUACCUCGCCUACCGUCAUUCUAUCACGGGCGUCUCCAAACCCAAGUGGGAAUGCAUUGAGGCUUCUCUUAAAAACACCGUCAAUAUCCAUUACCACCAACUUGCUUCGUCAGAAGAUCCUACUGAUACCAUGGAAGAGGGUCUCCAGUUCUCGAAGCUCGUGCAUCCGGAAUCUCGCUGCUCGCGGUGGUGGAGAAAUCUUAAGGAUAAAAAGUGACCUGGCAGCUGUGAGAGAGCCCAUGACGGGAAUAUUGAGGUCCCAUGUUUCAAAAAA